UCCGAAUUGCACUAGCCUAUCGUUGUCAGCUGAAGCAGCACACGGGGUUCCACCUAUCUGUCGUGGCGAGUGGAUUUCUGUGUGGGUUUUUUUUCUCAUUUUUGUCAUAUAACUGGAGUUCACAGCAGUUAGUCCAGCCCUGCUAAUGCAUCAGCCAAUCAGAGACAAGACUGCAGUGUGUAGCGUGAGCGUGAUGAUGAGAAGAGGCGGGACAAGAGGAGGAGAGUUGAAGGACUGUGCUUGUGUGUGUGCGUGUGUGUGUGUGUGCGUGUGUGUGUGUGUGCGUGUGUGUGUGUGUGUGUGUGUGUGUAUGCACGAACGUAUGUAUGUAUGGAGGCGGAGUGUUAGGUGUUGGAAGAUGUUUAGUUUCCCAAUGUGUGAUAGUCAUCCUGAUCUUAUUAAGGGCUGGGUUCUUUCUCUCCUCUUCUGCCUGCCUGGCUGGCUGCUGAUUCUGCUGCCGCUUGAAGGGGAGUGUUACGCUGCGCAUCUGGAAAGGCCCGAGACAUAGUCAGUUCCCCUCUGCGUUUGCUGUCUCUCUCUCUACCUCCCUCUAACACUCUGCCAGAUGAAAAUGUCAGAAGAGGCUGAAUCUCUGUCAAACGGGUCCCAGAAGACGGACCUGUCUUUGGACUUGGAGGACUGCAUGGCAGCGCUUGACCUGUUCCUGAGGAAUGACUUUGAGGAUGCCCUCUCUAGGCUUCGAUGCAGAACAAAAGACAGCAUGUACCACGCGCUCACAUACGCCACCAUACUGGAGAUGCAGGCCAUGAUGACAUUUGACCCGGAACACAUCCUAGCAGCAGGAAACACCAUGAAGGAGGCUCAGGGAGUCUGUCAGCGGUUCCGCAAAAAGUCAACCUUUACAAACAGAAACUUCACAGAAGAGGAACUCCAUGCUGAAGUGUGCUAUGCAGAAUGUCUCCUACAGAGGGCAGCACUCACCUUCCUUCAGGAUGAGAACAUGAUAAGUUUCAUCAAGGGAGGAAUAAAAGUUAGGAAUAGCUACCAGACAUAUAAAGAGCUUCAUAUGAUCCUCCAAUCUUCAACAUAUGUUAGUGGUGACAACCAUGGGCAUUUUCAAGGCGGGGUCAAGCUUGGAGUGGGAGCUUUCAACUUGAUGAUCUCCAUGUUACCCACUCGGACCCUCAGGCUGCUGGAGUUUGUAGGUUUCUCUGGCAAUAAGGAGUUUGGACUGCAGCAGCUGACCGAGGGCUCAGCAGGUCAAACCUUCAGGUCCUUCCUGUGUAACAUGCUGCUGCUCUGCUACCACACCUUCAUGAGCUUCAUCCUGGGCACUGGGGAGGGAGAUGUGGAGGAUGCAGAGAAACUCCUUCAGCCCUAUCUCAAACAUUAUCCUAAGGGGUCGAUCUUCUUAUUCUUCGCUGGUCGAAUUGAAGUUAUCAAAGGAAACCUGGAUGCUGCUAUAGAGCGCUUUGAAGAGUGCUGUGAAGCACAGCAGCAGUGGAAGCAGUUCCAUCACAUGUGCUACUGGGAGCUGAUGUGGUGUUUCACAUACAAGCGGCAUUGGAAAAUGGCCUACUUCUACGCUGAUCUGCUCAGCAAAGAGAAUGCCUGGUCCAAGGCAACGUAUGCAUAUAUGAAGGGUGCCUACCUCAGCAUGCUGACCAAGGAGGAAUGCCAACCGUUCGGGGAGUGCGAGGUUAUGCUGUUCAGGCAGGUACAUGGGCUUAAGCAGAAAAUAGCUGGAAAGUCUUUGCCAACUGAGAAGUUUGCAAUCCGAAAAGCUCGUCGCUACCUGUCUGAGAACCCUAUAACACUACCUGCACCUCCGCUGGAGAUGAUGUACAUCUGGAAUGGUUAUACAGUCAUAGGAAAACACAAAGACCUGACGGAGGGCAUGCUGAAAACACUGGAUGAUGCACAAGUGAAGCUCGACAGUAGUCCAAGGACAGAGUUCUCCAUAGAUGACCAGUGCCUGGUGAGCCUUCUUAGGGGUCUGUGUCUGAAGCACCUGGGACACCAGGAAGAGGCUGAACACUACUUCACCCUUGUCCUCUGCAAUGAAACACAGAUCAAGUUUGACCACUACUUGGUUCCCAAUGCACUGCUGGAGCACGGUCUGCUGUGUUUGGAACAAGGAAGGAAGGAGGAGGGCAUCAAACUCCUGGAGACAGCCAAGCAAAAUUACAAAAACUACUCCAUGGAAUCGAGGACACACUUCCGUAUCCAGGCUGCUUUGCAUAAGGCCAAGGGCACAGGCGAGAAUGGGAUAAACACCAUCCCGUCCAGCCCCUAGCUGGUAGGGGCCAGAAAACAGGGACAAUGUCCAGACGUCACAGUGCAUAACCCAUUGUAGCAAGGACCAUCCACAACCAGCAGCAAGCAAGACAUCAAUCUGGACUGCCUUUGAGUGGCCAGACAUCGAGCUUUCAGAAAGAUACGCAACACUACACAAACUGUAUACUGAAAGGUUUGAAGCGUACAGACACUAGUGUUUACUAAGACAAAUAAAAUAGGGAUGCAAUAUAGAACAGCACACUGGUGAAUGGAGAUGAACAGGGUCUUAUCAGUCAACUGCGAAAACCUGUGAUUAGACACCCAUACGGAACGUUCUCACUCGCUAGCAUAAAUACAUUUGCUGACAAAUACGUCAUGAGGGGUUAUGUAACAUAUCUGAGCAGUUGAUGGCUACUUUACUAAAAGCACUGUGGCCAAUCUUGGACAAUGUCUGUCUUGGAUUGAGCGUAUAUAAUGGCAGAUAAGGUCCUGCUCUAACUUCUUUAUGUGCUUCUUCUACUGGUUCUAGACAUAUAUUUAAAUUUUUCCUUCCUUUCUUCACACUGAACAUUUCAAGUGAAGUUUUGGCACAUUGGAUCAACUCGAGCAAUUUCUGUGAAGGACUGCAUGACCAGUCCUACCAAGAAUUUGGGAAAUUGUGCCUACAGUCAUUUGCACAAAGUAAAAUUGUCCAGCCAUGCAAACUCACGUUGCAGGAAUACAAGUGUGAUGGUAGGGGGUGAAUUUUCCUGUGUUUAAUUUAUUAACUGUAAUGGCGCCUUUUACAGAAUUGUCCCGUUUUAAGUGGACAGAUGAAUGUGUCUUUUAGAAAGGCAAAAUCCUUCCUUUUUCUCUUCACAUGGAUGCAAUCCAACAGUACUUGAGCUCAGACAAACUAGUCUUUGACACAGGAACGCCAGGCUGCCAGUUCCAUAUGUAGUGAGUGAAAUGUUGACAACCACUAGAGCCUUCUAUAUAUAAAUAUACAGUUCCAACAUCAACAAUUACAAGAAUGGCUUACAGGGAGUUGUUGUACAUUGAAUAGUUAUGUUCCUGUGUAAUAAUUUAGCUAAAAACAGUGUAUGUAAUUUGUAAUAAAACAAAUUGGUUUUUACAUGUUCUAUGAUUAUUUAAACUCCAUUUACAAAAAAAUUAGUAUCUAAACCCAAACAUUAGAAUUGUGUUCAGUUUAAAUAUUGUAAUUAGAGUGUUUGUGUUAAUACUUAGAAUAAGCUUUGGGGUGAAAGAAAUUGACCAGGAGUCAAUGUAGAGUUUUCUAAAGGGUUGAGGAAAUAUUUAAAUAGAUUUUUUUUUAUAUGGAGAGAUUAUCUUAUUUUGGGAUGUUCAAAUGAUUAUCAGACAUGUUCAUGUUUUGUUGUUGUUUUGAAUUUACUGAUAUAAAGUGUACAACCAA